AUGGGCAAAUCAGAGAUCAGAUAUGCUGCCAAGGUCGAUUUGGAAAAGGACGCUGCUACCCAGCCUCAACUUCACAACCGUUGGCACCCUGACAUUCCUGCCGCUGGCAAGAUCAAGGACGGUGAAGUCGUGAAAAUCGAAUGUGUCGACUGGACAGGCGGCCAAAUCAAAAACACCGACGACGCAGACGACAUCAAGAACGUCGACUUGACCAAAAUCCACUACCUCAGCGGCCCCUUUGAGAUUGAGAAUGCGGAACCUGGAGACGUUCUAGUCGUUGAAAUUCAAGAUGUUCAACCACUUCAAGAUCAACCUUGGGGUUUCACUGGUAUCUUCGCAAAGGAAAAUGGUGGUGGCUUCUUGGAUGAACUGUACCCUGAUGCAGCAAAAGCAAUCUGGGACUUCGAAGGCAUCUUCUGCUCCUCUCGCCACAUCCCUCACGUCCGCUUCCCUGGCCUCAUUCACCCAGGAAUCCUAGGCUGUGCUCCGUCGGCAGAGAUUCUGGCCGAAUGGAACCGUCGCGAAGGCCAAUUGAUCUCCGAAUGCUCACACAUGACACGCGAUGUAGCUCAACCCCCCAACUCCAAGAACGUCCACGCCGGCUCAGCAGACGAAACCCUUAAGAAAAAGGUCGGCGAAGAAGGUGCCAGAACCAUCCCAGGCCGUCCUGAACACGGUGGAAACUGCGACAUCAAGAACCUUUCCCGCGGCUCAAAAGUGUACCUCCCUGUUCAUGUCCCUGGUGCCAAGUUCAGCGUUGGCGACCUCCACUUCUCUCAAGGCGACGGAGAAAUCUCCUUCUGUGGCGCUAUUGAGAUGGCAGGUGUCAUUACCAUAAAGUUCAAAGUCAUGAAAGAUGGCGUCAAGCAUUUGGACAUGAAGUCGCCCAUCUACAUCCCCGGUGCUGUGGAGCCGAACUUUGGUCCUGGAAGACAUAUUUACUUCGAGGGCUUUUCAGUCGACAGCGAUGGUAAGCAGCAUUUCUUGGAUACGACGAUUGCUUAUCGGCAGACUUGCUUGAGAACCAUCGAGUACCUGAGGAGAUAUGGGUACAGUGAUUAUCAGAUUUAUCUGCUGUUGAGUUGCGCUCCGGUGCAGGGACACAUUGCUGGUAUCGUCGAUAUUCCCAAUGCUUGCACCACUCUGGGUCUGCCAAUAGACAUCUUUGACUUUGACAUCAGACCAGAGGCUCCUGUCCAGAAGCUCGACAUGGGCACUUGUGCUUUUACCUCCAGGUAG